AGAUGUCAUCCGUCACUUUGGUACCAAAGACCCCUUCAGUCCCUCAACAAAACUACACCCCGCCAACUCUUCUUCAUAAAAAAGGGAUCAAUCUCGUCUUCAGUCCGAAUAAAAAAAAAACAGUAGAUCCUCUCGCACACACUAUCGUCCUUUUGAAAAAAAAAAACACAUCAUCAAACAUGGCUCCAGCACAGUCCGAGGCUUUCCAGAAGGCUAUUGUCGACUCGAAGAAGCUGCUCAAAAAGCCUUCCAACGAGGAGCUGCUUGAGCUCUAUGGUCUUUUCAAGGUCGGCACCGGCGAGGACAUCACCAAGGCCGAGGCUCCUGGCAUGUUCGACCUCAAGGGCAAGUCCAAGAAGAACGCCUGGCAAAAAAUUGUCGACGAGGGUGUGACUCCCGAGCAAGCUCAAGAGAAGUACGUUGCGCUCGUCGAGAAGCUGAAGACCGCCUAUGGCUUUGACGAAGCCAAGGUCCCUGAGGCCGUUGGCGCUUAGGAGAAAGAAACCAAAAUAUCGCGGAGGACAAUCGAAGGGUAGAAUGCAGACAAAGUGACAGCUCCAUGGUCACGACAUGAAAGAGGGACGGCGCCAAAGUGCGUCCCUUCGUUUCGUCUUGGCUCGUGACUAUCAUAGUCGGCAACCUUGUGUUUUGUGUUCAUUCGAACAACAGCUGCCAUGACACAGCUCAAUAAGGGGACGCGACCAAUGAAAAAAUGCCUUAUGAAGACCGAGUUUUGUACAGUUUUUACAGGUCCCUCACCGUGUAUCCCAGGCCUGUGUUUUCUUCUGCCAAUAUCUUUCGCCAUUUCACCAAGUGUUGCCUGCCCAGUCUGGCUCUGAAUACGACAAGGUUGCCACCCAAGGAACUUCACCGUUUCCGUAUUUCUGUACCGGCAGGCUGUAUGGGGAACGCAGGCCAACCACGGGACGCCCCGGACAUAGAUUCGUCGUUUCUCUCGAGGGCGUGUCUUUUUUUACAACUGUGGUCAUCAGUGCAUCCUUGGCGAACAACUCGGGCCACACAAGCACUCCUAUCUCCCACGAUGAUAUCCUUGUUUGACUUCCCGCGCCGGUCGCAUCGCCCCAUGCUUGUUUUGACAGAUUAGCUGAAGACAGCAGCGCCCAAUCGAUAGAAUUAGCUCCGUAUCUGAUGUACGUCUUGAUGUGCGGUGCAGCUCGGUUCCGGCCCGCAUCUAAAAUAGGGAUGUUUUGACCAAGAUCUGCACAGUUGAGCUCAAUAUUUUAGCCCUUGCCCCCAAUAACGAAAUUGGCAAAUCACAGAUACUUACCUUGUCCGUGCGGCGAAUCGUUGGCCCAAUGGCAGAGUAGGGGUUUCUGAUAUAUCAACUGCUUUGCCUGUUGGGACGACUGUAUUUUGGUGUGUAUGGAACCGCCCGAGCCGUAGCCAUCUAACGAGCGCCGA